UAUAAGAAUAAAACUUGGGCACUGUGGUAGAGUGUAAUUCCAUUAUGGGUAAAUUUUAUUUUGAUAGAGUCUCACAGUGUUAUACAGUAAUGUUUACUGAUAACGUUUCGAGCACAAUUUAUUGCUCAUAAUCAUAUCAAGUUGUACUUAUUUUUUGGGUUGUAGUCUUCAGUAUACUCUAUAGAAGUACCUGUAACAAAAACCGUGCCAUGAAAAUAUAAUUGAACCAUUAUUUCUGUCACAUGCCUUACUGUUUUAAUUUGCAUUUAUUUACAAACAACAAUCCCAGGGUUUUGCAGUGAAUCAGAAUUUCAGACAUUGAGUAUUCUUUUUGAAGUUAUAAACCAUCAACUUUUUAUCUUAUCAAUUAUUUAUACUUACGGACUCAGCACAGUCAGUAUGUUUGACUCGCUAAUGACUCAUUUCUCUUUUUAUAAUCUACAGAUAUUUUAUUAAAUAAUGUACAAAAGUGGUAUCCACGUCGUUCGGAGCUAAAGUUAAUUAAAUAAUGACUGCCAGUGAGUCACAAAGAUUAUUAAAUGAAGUGAUCACCAAAUUUGGGUGGACGAACGAAUUAAUCUCGAAUGUUUCAAGGUAUGAACAAUGCUGUUAUCAGAAAAAUCACUGGGUUCCCACAAAAUCCAUUUCCACACACAAAGACUACUGUUCACUACGCCAGCAAGGUUAUCUUAGAGAAGAAAUAUAGAAUGCUAUGAUUCUGAAUGCCGAUGUGUGCGCUACUGACUAUUCUCAGCCUACAACAGAUUGGACGAAUGAUCCGUCUUGGAUUAUGAAUAUGGAAGCAUUCUAUACUGACAAGUCAUCAUCAGGUCGAAGAUCAUUAAAUAAUUCAUCACAAGAUGUAUCCAAAUUAGAAGCUUUGUCUAUGAUGCGUGAUGCAAAACGUCGUCGUCAAAGUUAUCGUGGCAUACAUACAGCAAGGAAAUCAUACACUGAGAUUUUACGUGAAAUCAUAGCACAACAAACUGAAAUGUUGACAGCCGCUCAAGAAUCUAUUCAACAAUCUGAAGAUAAAAGAUCCAGUAGUGUGGAAUCAUUUGAAAGUAAUAAAGAAAUUGUCAAACGAAGACAUGGUUCUAAUAAGUACAAUAAACCAAAUACUCCUACUUCCCGACAAAUUUAUCCAUCUGACGAUAGUCGAUAUGGUAAAACAAAUAACUCUAGUGAACAGUCUCGUAUAGGACUACCACGAAGGCGUAGAUACAAUUCACGAAGACGAGAUGGUGAUGAUAGUAAUAAACAACCAACAUGUCAAUACAGUCCUUCAAUUGCGGAUUACCGCUACAAUAAUAGUGGUGGUGAUUAUGAUGAUGUUGACAAUAAUAAACCCAAAAAAUCUAAAAAGCAUAAAAAACAUUCUAAAUCAAAACAUAAACACAAACAUAAAAGUUAGAAAAGAAAAAGGAAAAAGCCCACAUUUUCUACCUUGUUUUUGUACUUCUGUCUUUUUAUGUUUUAAUUACUAAAAUUAUGCACU